AUGGUUAAAGUGGGGCAAUACAAUACACUGGCAAUACAGCGUUUUACAGAGUUUGGUGCUUUCCUGGAAGAUGGUAAAGAGGGAUUGCUGCUGCCCAAACGAUUCGUACCCGCCCGAGCAAAAGUGGGCGACGCUAUCGAGGUAUUUGUAUACCACGAUUCUGAAGACAGGAUGAUUGCCACCACCCAGCGGCCCAAAGCCAUUGUGGGAGAGAUUGCCCUGCUGCGCGCUGUUACUGUUACCCACCAGGGUGCUUUCCUGGACUGGGGGUUAAUGAAGGAUCUUUUUGUACCCCGCAGCAAGCAGUUGAGUGGCAUGCGGGUAGGGGCUGAUUACCUGGUGAAAAUUUAUAUUGAUGUGCAGACUGGCCGCGUGGCUGCCACUGAAAAAAUAGAGUUUGAGCUCAGCAAUGAACCACUUACCGUAAAAGAAAAAGACCUUGUACAGCUGACAGUUUACCGCAGAACGGAUAUCGGUUAUGUUGUAAUCAUAAACAACCUGCAUACCGGUGUACUGCACCAUAAUGAGAUUUACAGGAAUAUACAGGAAGGUGAUAAGUUUGAGGGCUUUAUAAAACACAUCAGACCCGAUAACAAAAUUGACGUAGCUGCAGGUAAACCUGGUUAUGAAAGAGUAGAAGACGCUUCAGAAAAAAUAUUAAGGCUGCUGUCAGAAAACAAUGGCUAUCUUCCUUACUACGAUAAAUCUUCUCCUGAUGAAAUCUAUGAUGUUUUUGGCAUGAGUAAGAAAACAUUCAAGAUGGUAACCGGCAGCCUGUACAAACAACGUAAGAUAACGCUUACAGAAACCGGUAUUAAACUGGCAUAA